UCCCUCCGCGGACGCCGUAGUGAACGCAUGCCCUCAGGGAUCAUGCUGAAGGUGACAGGUAGUAGUGCCAUGCCGGGAGCUCCCACUUUGUUGCCUUUCACCGUUUAUGCUGUCGAUCAUGCCGUCGGCAACGGGGAGAAAGAAGUCCCGAAACCCUUAAACCGGGACGAGCUCUCUCUGUACACCGCUCCUCCUCUGCAGAAGUUUAUCCACGAGGAGCCCGAGCCGGCUCCGCUGGAGGAGUAUGUCGCCACCGUCCGGAAGUCUGCAGAACCCUUCACGGCUUGGUAUCGGGACACCUACGCCAAAGUUAAACCCAAAGUUCAGAAGAUCGUCCAAUUUGGUCAUGACACAUACGAGUACGUGCAGAGCCCUCCGAAGGAUUUCUACCCCCGUGCAGGAGUCAUCGGCGCCACCGGCGUCCUGGGGCUGUUUCUCGGCCGGGGCUCCAGGAUUAAGAAGCUGGUCUACCCGGCGGCUCUGAUGGCCGCCAGCGCGUCCCUCUACUACCCGGAGCAGGCGGCGGCCGUCGCCAAGUCCACCGGGGACUCCGUGUACGACUACGCGGUGCAGAGCUACGCUGCGGCGGAGAAGAUCCUCAACCCGCAGAGCAAAGAAGGGAAGAAGAGCAAGGAACCAGGGACUAAACCGUGACAGAGAUGCAAUCCUGCACCAAACUCAGCAAUAAUAUGACCAGUUUGUAUCUUGACACAUGCUGCUGCCUGGAGAGGUUUCACCGUGUGACUUUCAUGCCCUCUCUUUGCACUGAGCGGGCAAGGCUGGCCAUGAAGUUUUGCAACUUGAAUCAUCUACCCCUGCUUCUAAUUUGAAUGUAUAUUUAUGUAGAUUAAAAUAAAAAUCUUAUAUAAAAACC